AUGGUCACAGGAAAUGGAGACUCUCGUUAUCCACUGCCUCCGGGCAAUCAUGAUCUUCCCAGUCGUCGCCGGAUCCCCAACCCUCCUCGCCUUGAUCCGUUGAGAAUCAAUCCUCCCUCUCCGCGCUCGCGGCCGUCGACUGCCGGUUCGUCUCGUCCGCCCCCCGUCCAUCGCCCUCCGCCGAUCCCUCGUUCCCCUCGAAAGCACCUGGAACAACCGCCGCCCUUGCAUGACCCCUUCCUGCGUUCGGUUUCCCCUCACCAUGCCGCCGGGGAUGAAUUCACCAUCUACGGUCCCGCAUUGCGCACGCCGACUUUUCCCAUCGCCCCGCAGGAACGUCCCUCGAAAGCUACCCGACGAGAUGGCGACUUCGACCGUCCGUCUCAUCGCAAAAACCCUGGCCUGCGGGCCUCGAAAUCUACCUCACGACUGAACCCUCGACGUCUUCGCCUCGGGGACAGCCCGUCCAAUGACCCUUUCGUCUCGCAGGGUCUCGCCUUGCCGCGUCCUCCCCAUGCGUCCGAUGCGUACGGUGAGGAUGCGAUGCGGUCGAGCGUCAACUCCGCCAUGACCUCUCGCUCCAGCAUUGAGCAGGCGAGCGGCACGGAGCGCAGCAGCGUUCUAACGAAAAGCAGCUCGAUCACCGAUCUUUCUCCGGACACGCCCGACGGGCCGCAUGAGAAGGACGGAGGCAUGAGCGUUGAAGAUGCCAUCUCCAUGUACUUGGACGGGUUCAGCGACGUGACGGAAGAGCCGUCGUCGCCUGACCUACACGGAGACACCAAAGUGAGACCGCUGAGUCCACGCCCGCCCACCGAACUCACCAUCGACGAUGGUUACACCUCCGAUGAGCAUUCCCCGGUCCUCGAUCCUACCAAGGAUCUGCCUCCGGUGCCACCCCUGCCAACUUUGAACCCACCGGACCAGAACACGGUGGACAAGAAGUUCCUAGGCGAAGCAAAGCCGGAAGAGCAGGCGCCCCAUGAGAUUCUGGAGGAGACCCCUCCGAGUCCGCCCGUCAACAGCGUCCCUGAGGAGACCAAGGUGGUGAUUCCCGGAAUAGUCCCGCCGCCACUCCUCCCGGGAACGGACACUCGGGAUCGCUAUGGAUUCCGAAAAGCCAGUCAUCAUGUUACCCUGGACCAGUACGAGGCCUGGAAUGGCUCCUACACUCCAUUCGCCGCGAACCGGAGGGUCAAGUGGGUUGAGCUCCUCAAAGAGAGCGGCUUGCCGACCGAGGAUCCAACCACGUUCCCUCCGAGAUCGAACAAGAUCAAGCGUUUCGUGCGCAAGGGCAUCCCCUCCGAGUAUCGAGGUGCCGCUUGGUUCUGGUAUGCCGGCGGCUUCGAGCAUCUCAAUCGGAAUCCGGGGCUGUACGAUCAACUCGUCAGGCAGGCGAUGGAGUCUCCGAGCAACGACGACAAGGAGCACAUCGAGCGUGACCUGCAUCGCACCUUUCCCGACAACCUUCAUUUCAAGCCCGAGACCCAGGGCAACGAUUCCGGCAGCAGCAACCCUAAAUUCUCUUCCGUGACCGUCGAGACGCAGAUGAUCGAGUCUCUUCGGCGGGUGCUGUAUGCAUUCUCUCUGCAUAAUCCGCAGGUGGGAUACACGCAGUCGCUCAACUUCAUCACCGGAAUGCUUCUCCUCUUUCUGACGGAGGAGAAGGCCUUCUGGAUGUUGCACAUCAUCACCACGGUUUACCUUCCUGGCACUCACGAGAUCAGCCUGGAGGGCGCCAACAUCGAUCUCUGGAUCCUCAUGGUCCUGCUGAAGGAAACGCUACCCAACGCCUACAACAAAAUUGCCAACACCGGCUCUUCGCCCAGAGCCAAGUCGCCACCGCUCACCGUCCACUCUCGCCUCCCGGACAUCACGCUGGGACUGACCAAUUGGUUGAUGUCUGUCUUUAUCGGCACGCUGCCGCUGGAGACGACACUGAGAGUGUGGGAUGUCUUUUUCUUCGAAGGGUCCAAGACAUUUUUCCGCGUGUCUCUGGCCAUCUUCAAGGCGUGCGAGAGAGACAUCAUGGCGGUCUCGGAUCCGAUGGAGGUGUUCCAAGUCGUGCAGUCGGUGCCCAAGCGAUUGCUGGACGCCAAUCACCUGAUCGACGAGUGUUUUGCACGACGGAAUCGCGUGGGACAAGGCCGCAUCGAAGAGUUGCGGGCGGCCCGACGGACUGCCGUUCGACAGGAGAAGCUACGGCGAUCGCAGGCUCUCAGCAAAGGCCAGCUUCAGGCUGCCACCGAUGAAUGGCCUACUCGCGCGCGAACCCCGAUCCCAGGAAUCGAGCGCAGCAUUGCCGACGGAUGGCGACAUAUGCGGCAUCAUGCAUUUCGAUAA